AUGUACAGGUGUUUGAUAAAGGAUUUUGAGAAGCGUCCAUCAGUGACGCAUCUGCUGGAGCAUCCGUUCAUUAAACAGGCUCAUGGGAAAGACACGUCGCUCAGACAGCGGCUGUCAGUUCUCAUCCGCGAACAACAGGAGGUUGGUAGCAGGACCAAGACCAGGCAUGAGAGGAUCAAUACUCGAAAAACACUGAUCAUUGAGAGCUGCCCUGAUGAUGAUCUGGUGAAUCUGGAGGUCUUAGAUGAGGAAACAAUCAUCACACAUCUUCAGAGGCGAUAUGAAGAACUGCAGAUCUACACGUAUGUUGGUGACAUCCUCAUAGCCUUAAACCCCUUCCAGAACCUCAGCAUUUACUCUCCACAGUUCUCGAAGCUCUAUCAUGGGAUGAAACGCUCCACUAACCCUCCACACAUCUUUGCCACGGCUGAUGCAGCCUAUCAGAGCAUGGUCACACUCUCCAAAGAUCAGUGUAUAAUCAUCAGUGGAGAAAGUGGAGCUGGUAAAACUGAGAGUGCUCACCUCAUCGUACAACAUCUCACCUUUCUAGGCAAGGCUAAUAACCGAACACUUCGUGAGAAGAUUCUUCAAGUGAAUCCCCUGGUGGAGGCGUUUGGUAACGCAUGCACGGCCAUUAACGAUAACUCCAGCCGAUUCGGAAAGUAUCUGGAGAUGAAGUUCACACCUACGGGGGCGGUGAUGGGUGCUAAAAUCUCUGAGUACCUUCUGGAAAAAUCAAGAGUCAUCAAACAGGCUGCAUAUAUUGACUGUGUUAACAGUAAAGUGAUGCAGGACAUCAUCUCCAGCAAACUGUACUCAGAGCAGUUUGACGCUAUUCAGGAUUGUUUCCGAAUCAUAGGAUUUACGGAGGAGGAAGUGAAUUCAGUGUACAGGAUCCUAGCAGCCAUUUUAAACACAGGAAAUAUUGAAUUCACAUCAACCACUUCACAGCAUCAGAGUGACAUGAGUGAGGUACCCAACUCUGAGGCCUUAGACAACGCGGCUGCUCUUCUCAGUAUCGGUCCUGAAGAGCUUCAGGAAGCUUUGACCUCUCAGUGCGUUGUAACUCGAGGGGAGACCAUCAUCCGCACCAACACUGUAGACAAGGCCACUGAUGUGAGGGAUGCCAUGUCUAAAGCCCUCUACGGCCGUCUCUUCAGCUGGAUUGUGAACCGCAUCAAUGCCCUUCUACAGGCUGACUCCAACAUCUGUGCGGCCGAGAGCGUGAUGAAUGUGGGGAUUUUGGACAUCUUUGGUUUUGAGAACUUCAAGAAGAACUCAUUUGAGCAGCUGUGCAUCAACAUUGCUAAUGAACAGAUCCAGUUCUACUUCAACCAACACAUCUUCGCUCUGGAACAGAUGGAGUAUCAAAGUGAAGGUGUAGAUGCCAGUCUGGUGGAAUAUGAGGACAACAGGCCCAUUCUAGACAUGUUUCUGCAGAAGCCCAUGGGUUUACUGUCUCUGCUGGAUGAAGAGAGCCGCUUCCCACAAGCUACUGACCAAACACUUGUUGUGUUCUUCACUCCCAGUCCUGGAGAGCCGGUCAUCCUGCACAGUUUAGCUCCAACCUUAAUCAAACACACCAGCAAGCUAAUCAAUGUCUUCAUGAUCACUAGAAAAUCACAGGUCUUAUAUAACGUCAGUGGGUUUUUGGAGAAGAACCGGGACACUCUGCCUGCAGACAUCGUUGUGGUUUUGAGAACGUCCGAAAACAAACUCUUACAGCAACUGUUUUCCAGCCCACUCACUAAAACAGAAAUCUCUCCACUCAUUAUCUCUGGAGUGGCUGAUCUCCAGGCAGAGGAAUACUGUCCCCUCGGGGCCCGCUGCUUCUCUGCUAUCUUCUGGAGUUUAGGAUAUUCCAGCGAUAAGUUUCUCAAAAGCCCAGAGGAAGAAAUGCAGCUCUUUAGCCCAGUAAACUGCUUUUCCUUUGGUGCCGUUGUGCCAGCCAGUGGAUUUGCAUUGAACAUCUGUGUGUUCGAGCAGAACCGUAUGGUCUUCUGGUUACUGUCAGCUCUUGCUCUGAAGCUCUCUGGAGAGGAACUGCUGCUGUUUUUGCUGUGUAACUUGGCCACAUCCAGAGCCCGAGUAACAGCAGCAUCCAGGUCUCUGCCUCCACAGCUGAACAGUGGAAGGAAUAAGUCUCCUAAAUACCUGUUAAAGGUGGACACCAUGGAAAUGAUGCGUCACCCAGAGGAAACCACUAACAUGCGGAGACAGACAGUGGCGUCUUAUUUCAGAUACUCUCUUAUGGACCUGCUGUCUAAGAUGGUUGUGGGCACACCUCAUUUCGUCCGCUGUAUCAAACCCAACGAUGACCGUCAGGCUCUGUGCUUCAGUAAGGAGCGUGUGAUGGUUCAGCUGCGCUACACUGGUAUCCUGGAGACCGUCAACAUCCGGCGGCAGGGCUACUCUCACAGGAUUCCAAUCCAGGAGUUUGUAAACAGGUAUUACUACCUGUCGUUUCGUGCUCAUCAGAUGCCAGAGGGCAGUAAAGAAAACGCCAUCAUUAUACUACAGAAGGCCAAACUCGACAACUGGGUCAUUGGCAAAACCAAGGUGUUUUUGAAGUACUAUCACGUGGAGCAGCUCAAUCUGAUUUUGCGUGAGGUGAUCGCUCGGGUGGUGUUGAUGCAGGCCUACACCAAGGGCUGGAUUGGAGCUCGACGCUAUCGCAGAGAGAGAGAAAAACGCAACAAUGGAGCCAUUGUCAUACAGUCAGCCUGGAGGGGUCACGUGGCCCGUCAAAAUCUGAAGCUGAUAAAAAGAGAGCGUGAUCAGGCCGCUGUGCAGAUCCAGUCAGGACGGAGAUCAAAGCUCCAUAUUAACCUUCUCGGGGCACGUUUCCAUCGUCGCGCUCGUCCUUUGAGGGCUUGGGGGGGCGGGGGCAGAGGUCCGGGGGGAGGAAGGAGAAGGAGGAGUGAUGCUAUUGUUCUGCUCUCCUCUUCUGGAGUACUUCAGUUCCCUUUCUUGGCAGACGUCUGUCUGUUUCUCUCACAGCGUGUUUACUGGUGCAGGUGGUAUAAUGUUUGUCCACAUGUGCGUCGGUGUAAAGCAUACAGGGGGUACAAAGUCAGAAAAGACAUCAGACACAGUCGACAGCUGACUGGACACGAAACAUUGGAAACAAGAACCUCUUCCAAUCACUUUCCUGAAGACAAGGUUGGACAUAAAGACAUAGACAGUGAGGAAAGCUCAAGUGACGGGUCUGUGAUGAAGACAGACAGACAGAGAGACAGAAUACAGAAGAGAUCUGCACUUAGCAAACAAGGUCCGCUGGUGAAGCUGCAUCACCGUUCCCCUCGGCGUAGAGGACAGCAGCCCAAGCUCCUGAACAGCCCGGAAGACAGUCUUUAUUACAACCAUCUCAACAGAAAUCUGGAUUAUCAGGGGAGCAAGAGGAAGCCCAGAAAACUAGGGCAAAUAAAAAUGCUGGAUGGAGAGGAUGAAUAUUAUCAAUUACUGUCCACAAUAGAGUCUGUCCCUGAGGAGGAAGGAUUAUCUGGCCCCUCCCCAAAUCCCAAGACUGUCCCACCUCCUGCCCCUACCACCAUCUCAUCUAGAUGAGCUGUGCUCUGCCCAUCAUACUGACUCUUGCUGACAGCUGAUCGCCGCCUUCAACCACCACUAAAUCUGCUGUGUAUAUAUAAAGAGGAAUAAUAUUUUUAAGUAUGCAUUAUUUUCUUUUUUUAUAUAUGCAUUUCAUAUCAAUGACAUAUGCUGUUCAACGUUUUUUUUUUUUUAAGAUACAAUGAGAUGUUACUUGUGAAUCUCAGUGGCAGCCUUAUGAACUUUUUAAAAAUUAUAUGUUGCCAAACAACAUGAUUUGAUUAGUGCAACAGGAAGAGAUUUCUUUUUUAUCUUGAUAUUUUGAGACUUUAUAAUUUAUAAUGGAUUUUAUAAAUAAUGAAUCUUAUACAGACAGACAUUCCCUACUGAAAAAAAUGCCUGAGUUAGGUGGUGUAGCAAGCUGAUCUAGAUGUGUUUUGGUCACAGUUUAAGGUGGACUUAGCUGGUCAGACUGGAAGACCCACCAGCUUAAACCAGCUACCGUCACCUUUUUCAGUAGGGUUUUCUGCAUCAUCUUGUGUUUUGCUGUCCUUGAUAGAAGACAAGCAGGACAAGCAGUUUUGUUGUAACAGUUUAAGACAGAUCAUAACUCUUCAUCACUAGUUCUUAUUACAUUUACAUUUUAAAACUCAUCAGCCUGGUAAUAGAUUUAAGAAAAUGUGGCAAAUUGUGCAUUCAUGUUUGCGAGUUUGUGUUAUGUUUGGUACUUAUUACUCAUCUUCUAUCAGCUGUUUUGUACUCCGUAUAAGAAAUAAAAAUGUGUUUGCUCAUCUGUGAUGCUUCUCACUAUUUAAACUGACUUUUAUGGUAACAAAGUUACUAAAUGCAAUCAUGACUUUUCUGUGUUGAUCAGAUGGAUUUCAUUCUUUAUCACAUAUAAUUUUCCUGUCCUGCAAGUUGCACAUUUAUAAUUGCAUGCACAUUAUAAUUCUAGAUGACAUUUUACAAAAAACAACUUGCAUUCCUUUGUGGACUGCAGGAAAAUCUAGUUGUCCUCUUGUCCCAGUGGGAUUCCCCCACUCCCCCCCCCCCCCCACUACUGUGUGCAAAGCAGGAGAAACCUUAAUCCCAUCAAAGGGACUGAUUUACUUCAAUAUCAACCACUCCAAACUGCUCGAAAGGGACAGUUUAAAGGGUCAUAGAUUAGAGACAUGUCUCUGUGGGUGCUUGCUUGUACAAGUUUUCUUUAGUGUCUUUUUAUGCAGUCUGUAACCCUCAAAACUUGCCUGAAAUAACUCUUAUUAAACAACAAUAUACUCUGCUUUUCAUCGUGUGAUUCUUACUCUUUGAUGGCUGUAAUAUCUGUGGAGAUGUCACGUGUGCCGGAGAUCGGGUUGCAUUGAAGGCUUGACUGGUUCAGGGUGGAGCAGUGGGAGGAGAGAUGGAAAAUGUUCAGACUUUCUCAAAGAUUGGAUCUCCUCCUCUUUCCAGCCUCUAACUGUGCAUAACAGGACUAAAUACAUCAUCAU